AAGCGCUUCCCAGUGAUUUAGCGCACAAAAAGCAUUCUCCAUCGACCGAGUCUCCUCAUCCCUUGUUAUUUUUGGCUUUGCCUUUCAUGCUCUCGCCUCCGUUUCACUCACGCGCGCCUCUCGUUUCUCCGUACGCAGCUCGCCAACCGCUUGAUGCCGCAUGCCCCAACCGGCGCUGCCACCGUCGGCGGCGGCCACCGCUGACCCCGAGCCAUCCGGGACCCCGGCAAGGGAGAUGGACGACGAGGACCUCGUGGAGGAGCUCCUCGCCACCGUCAAUUCGGCCCGCGCUUACUCGGAAUUCCGCCGCACGCAGCGAAAGGAAUGCCACAACCUCCUCCGCUGGCUGCAGCUCAUCCUUCCGCUGCUCGAGGAGCUCCGCGACUCCGCGCCCCGGCUCACCGAUGACGCCUACCGCCGCCUCACCCUCCUCGGCCGGGCCUUGUCCGCCGCGCGCCGCCUCCUCCGAUCCUGCAACGACGGCAGCAAAAUCUUUCUGGCGCUGGAGAGCGAGGCCGUGCUGGGGAGGUUCCGCGCUGUGUACGAGAAGAUGAACUCUGCGCUGGAUGGAAUGCCCUACGCGGAGCUCGACAUUUCCGAUGAAGUCACCGAGCAGGUGGAGCUGAUGAACGCUCAGCUGAUGAGAUGCAAGAAGAGAACGGACACGCAAGACAUGGAGUUGUCAAUGGAUCUCAUGGUGAUACUCCAGAACAACAAGGACGAGGAGAGGAAUGCGGACGGGGCAAUAGUGGAUAGGCUGGCCAGCAAGCUGGAGCUGCAGAUGCUGCCGGAUCUGAGGGCGGAGACGGUGGCCAUAAAGAAGCUGAUCAGCGAGCGGAACGGGCAGCAUGCGGACAGCACCAAGCAGAUCAUUGAGCUCCUCCACAAGUUCAAGGCGAUCGCCGGCAUUGACGAGAAGAACGUCCUCGGUGGCGAGGUCUUCGUGACCAAGUCCCUCGACAAGUGCCCCUCGUUGAUGAUCCCGGACGACUUCCUCUGCCCUAUCACGUUGGAGAUCAUGACGGAUCCUGUCAUUGUCGCCAGUGGACAGACGUACGAGAGGAGAAGCAUCCAGAAGUGGCUGGACAGCGGGGAGAGGACAUGCCCGAAGACGCGGCAGCCAUUGGCGCACCUUUCGCUGGCGCCCAACUACGCGCUCAAGAACCUGAUCCUGCAGUGGUGCGACAAGCACAAGGUGGAGCUGCAGAGGAGGGAGCCGGAGCCCGUGGCCGAGCAGGACGGGCACCCGAGAGAGGACAUCCCGUCGCUGGUGGAAGCGCUGUCGUCGAUCCACCCUGAUGUCCAGCGAAAAGCGGCGAAGAAGAUCCGGAUGCUCUCCAAGGAGUCCCCGGAGAACAGGGCUCUCAUUGUUGGCAAUGGCGGCAUCCCCGCCCUGAUCGGCCUGCUGGCCUACCCGGACAAGAAGGUGCAGGAGAACACGGUGACCUCGCUGCUGAACCUGUCCAUUGACCAUGGCAACAAGCUUCUAAUUACCAAGGGGGGCGCCAUCCCGCUCAUCAUCGAGAUCCUCCGGAACGGCAGCGCGGAGGGGCAGGAGAACUCGGCGGCGACGCUUUUCAGCCUGUCCAUGCUCGACGAGAACAAGGCCACGAUCGGGACCCUUGGCGGCAUCGCGCCGCUGGUGGAGCUCCUGACCAACGGCACCGUCCGGGGCAAGAAGGACGCCGCCACGGCUAUCUUCAACCUCAUCCUCAACCAGCAGAACAAGGUCAGGGCCACCCAAGCCGGCAUCGUCCCAGCGCUAAUGAAGGUCAUCGACGACAGGAGCCUUGGAAUGGUCGACGAGGCGCUCUCCAUCUUUCUGCUGCUGUCGUCGCAUCCAACCUGUCUUGGAGAGAUCGGGACAACGCCAUUCGUGGAGAAGCUCGUGCAGCUUAUCAAGGAAGGCACACCCAAGAACAAGGAGUGCGCGCUGUCCGUCCUGCUGGAGCUGGGCUCCAAGAAGCAGACGCUCCUGGUGCACGCGCUCAGGUUCGGCCUCCACGAGCACCUCUCACAGAUCGCCAAGACUGGCACCAGUAGAGCGCAGAGGAAGGCCAACUCUCUGAUUCAGAUAGCAAAAAAGUGCUACUGAAUGUGAGACCCAUUUGUACCUGUCUGUAAUUCAUCUCGUUUUUGAUAGAAAAUUUAUUGAAAAUCCGUGAUCAACCCUAGGGAACCUGUCGCGUGGUGGAUUCACUACCCACACCUCUUGAGGACUUUCACGCCCCUGGGAUAUCACAUUCUCACCACAGGCAACUCAACUCUAUUAAUCACAACUAUAAACUUGGUAGUACAAUUUUUUGGUGA